AGAAGAGCGAGCCGUCGCUAGUGAACUCACACACAGUCGGUUGCGCCACUUCAGUCCGUCAGUUGCAGCAUCAUGCAGGCCGAUAACAACGCCGACUUGGGCCGAGCCCUGUGCAUCAUCACCGGAGCCUCCAGGGGAUUCGGUCGGGCUGCAGCGAAGACGAUCUCUCGGGUCUUGAAGCCCGGGUCGGCCUUUGUCCUGGCGGCUCGCUCGGCUGAGGGGCUUCGGACUCUGAAAGCGGAGUUGACCGAGGCUGACGGGGGCAAAGGCGACCUGGUGAUCUGCUGCGUGGCGGCCGAUUUGGCUCUGAUGGACGGAGUGGAGAGCGUCGUCAAAGCCGCCAAGGAGACAUUCGUCGAGGGAAUUGAGCACAUCAUACUUAUUAACAACGCUGCUUGUCUUGGCGAUGUGUCCCGCUACUUCCGGAGCUUCACAGAUAUGGCUGAAGUGGACUCCUACUGGUCGUUUAAUGUCACCUCAGCCUUAUGCCUCACGUCCGGAAUCCUGCAGGCUUUCCCAAAGAGUCCAAAUCGGCGACGCACUAUGGUCAACAUCUCCUCCCUCUGCGGUAUCAGGCCUUAUCCCUCCUGGGUGCUGUACUGCUCUGGGAAGGCUGCGCGAGACAUGAUGUUCAAAGUUCUGGCUGAAGAGGAACCUGAUGUGCGGGUGUUGAAUUACGCUCCAGGACCUCUGGACACCGACAUGAUGGUAACGGCCAAAACCAUGACAGCAGAUCCGGGGCUGAAAGAUCUCUGCAUUGACCUCACUGAAAAUAGGAAGCUCCUCACCUGCGAAACCUCCUGCGCUAAAAUGCUCAAGUUGCUGUUGGAAGACAGCUACGCAUCAGGAGCUCAUGUUGACGUUUUCGACCCGUAAGCACGACGACAUUGGUGCUUCCGUGUAUCUGCUUCUUUUUGAUUAAUGUUCUUAAUUGAAUCUUUUAUUCACUGCACAACUCUGUAGCUAGUUGUAGCAUCUUCGAUCAUCUGACAUCAGCUCAUGAUCUUAUUUACUGUUGCAAAAUCUUAAUGUCAAAGAGUGAGUGAAGUGUCAAAAUGUUCUAUAUGUAAUAUCAGGCUAGCGAGCGGAUUAUCAUAGGCUAUAAUAAUUCUUCAGCAUUUACAAAAACACAUAUCUGUGAAAACCUUGCCAGUUAUAUAGCUGCAGCUAGAGUUGUGUGAAAGUUGUGACCGUCCUCUGACCAGACAUCACCCUCAUGUUUUCAUGUUCCUCUCAACAUUCCACAGGCUUCCGCAAGGGUCGGUUGUUCAAUUUUUUUUAUCACUAGCACAUUGCCCUGUCUUGACUUAGGACACUGCAGGUUGACAGCUCAAAUCCCUGUGUAAAAUUCUAGCUUUGAAAGUGGAAAAUUGCACUUGAAAUGUGCCUUUUUGGUUGUCACACUCUGAUAAAGUGUAAUUUCUCUGGGCACAUGGGGAUCAUGCUCAGAGAUUCAGGGCUUUGCUGGGUUAAAACUGCCACCUCAUCAAGUGAGGCUUCGAUAAGUGCCAAUUGUAUUUUUACCAAAGUCAUUGGUUGACUGGUUGUCAUGGUCUCUUCAGUGCAGAGAGUUUAACACCAACUAAUUAAAUGAGCGUUUUGUGCUUGUUUAAGUAAAUCUGGAGGACAGUCUGAUCAGUGAGAUGCAUUAAUGAACAACCUGUUCCAGUGUAAAAGAUGCCAGGCUGCCGCCCAAAACACUCAAGUGUUUCAUUGACAGCAACAGUUAGCCAGGCAGACGUUGACUGAGAUUAGUUUGUAUUUACAUGUCACGUUGCAGUUACAGUAAGUAUGGUGUGAAAGUUUAUGAGCACAUAUUUCACAAAGUUACUUAUUUUAUGCUUUUAUACCAAUGAGAUGGUUGGGGCUGAAAAUAUGUGCAAGAUUUGUCUUUGUGAUUGUAAGCAUUGGAAAUACAGAAUGAGGAUAUAAAAAGGAUAUUAUUUUCUUGGUCAUAUUUUUGUAUGAAUACAUUUGGUAAAGUGACAAAUUGUUGGCUCAGGUGCACGAGUCAGUCAAAAUGUGAAGUGUACACCCUGUGCCUGCCUAAAUAAUUCUGUUACUUGUGCUGCCUUCCUCUCUUCUUAUUAUCGCUCUCUGGAAAAUGUGUAGUCAAUGUAAUGUGCAUUCCAAUCUACAGUAUUAAAAUUAAAUGUGAAAAAUAACACCUUGUGAAAAUGUUAUUUGUCUUUGCGUGUGUGUAACUCUUAAAUCAUGUCUUAGAAUCAAUUUUGGUAAAACUCAGAGUAUAAACUUUAGCCUGUUCAGUGUCUUGUU